AUGGAAGAGAGGGAGAAAGGGAAAGAUGGCAAGGAGGAGAGAGGGGGUCGGGUUCUUGGGAUUUUGGAAUCAAAGAGAUGGGUUUUAGGGUCCCCUGGGACCAUCGCCGCCCGCAACGGCCAGUUUUCGGUCUUACCACGUCGUCAAGCAAGAGAGCAGAGAGAGGAAGGGAGUGAUGGGUUUCUUCGCCAAUAUGGGUUUGAAGUACCUCAAGAUGAUGAGAGUGGAGAGAUCGAGGCAAAUAUAAGUAAUGAUAUUAUGGGAGCAUUGGGCUUAUAUGAAGCUUCAUUCCAUGGGAAAAAGGGUGAAAUGAAUCAUGCUUUGGAGAUGCCACAGCUUCAAUGGAGAAUCCUUGAUAAGAAGCUAAAUGGUCUAUUAAUUGAAGAAAUAUAUGAAAGAAAACAAGACAUGAAUCCAACUUUACUUGAGUUUGCCAAAUUGGAUUUCAAUAUGGUCACCUUUGGAAGUUCAAAUACAAACACAGGUAAGGAGUUGCUUGUUGCCGUGAGCUUUGGACUAGCAGCUUUUGAAGCAGUAGCUAAUAGAAGAUCUUCAUCCCAAAUGAGGCGGUGGGAAGCUUAUGCAAGGCUAUAUAAAAAGGUGACCGAUGAGUGGUGGUGUGAACCAGGACAUGGUGAUUGGUGUACUUGCCUAGAAAAAUACACACUCUCUCGAGACGGUAUGUACCACAAGCAAGAUCAAUUUGGGCGCUUGCUGCCAACCUUUCUACAGGUCAUUGAUUUGACGGAUGAUGAAGAGUCUGACUACUGGGCUGUUGUGUCCGAUGUCUUCGAUGGUAAACAGCUCGAUUAUUAUACAUCGAGGCCGAGUUUAAAUGCUGUGACAUGGAGCUCCAUGGAGACUAGCAUAAAUAACAAGGUACGUCUGUUAAGGACAAUGUUGCGGUGGGAAGAGCAACUACACACCGAAGCAAGUUUCGGACAAGAUAAGCCAAGAGGAAAGUCUUACGGCUCGGUUGUUCUUGGGGAGGUGGUGAUUGUUUGUUGGCCCCACGGCGAGAUAAUGAGACUGAGUACCGGUAGCACCGCGGCCGAUGCUGCUAGACGCGUCGGACUCGAGGGAAAAUUGGCUUUAGUUAAUGGCCAAUUAGUGUUGCCUAAUACCAAGCUAAAAGAUGGUGAUGUGGUUGAAUUCAGAAUUUGAUGAUGAUCACAAAAAAUUUGUAUUUGUGAAAAUAAUUGGGGGAAUAAGCAAAAAUGAAAUUGUAUAAAAAAAAUGUAUCUUUAUUGUUCUUUUUUUGUUCUUUCCCCUUAAUUCAAGGAAUAAUGUAUAUAAAAGAAUUUUCAAUAUUGUACAUAUAAUGUCAAAAUUCCACACCAAAAAUAUUUAAUGAAAAAUGAAAAUUCUUUGUGAA